CUGAGCCUCCCUCCGCGGUGAAUAUGUGAGGUUUGGAGCCUCCCAGAAGAAAAUGCUGAAACCUUCAGGGCUCUGCAUGACUUCGAUAUGACGAGACGCGAGUCUGCUGUCGGCUCCAGCCACUCGUUGCUUUCGGGGUUUCUUCCAGACGUGUAUUUGAGGCCUUUUUGCGAGAGGAGAAAACACAAAUGACUCGAUAAUCCGGCUGCAGAGGAGAGCGGCGGGCUGGAUGAGUCUACACGGUUCUCAUGUCGUGUAUAAGUCCCGCCUCCUGGCUCGAGCUCAGUAUUAGUCCAGUCACACUCCGCUUGCUGUGAAUUGACCAGACGACAGGAGACGAGAAAAUGGCAGAAGUGGCUCCAGCUCCGGCCGCCCCCGCCGCCGCGCCGGCGAAAGCCCCCAAGAAGAAGAGCGUCAAGCCCAAGAAGACCGGCCCCAGCGUCGGGGAGCUCAUCGUCAAGGCCGUGUCCGCCUCCAAGGAGCGCGGCGGCGUCUCUCUGGCCGCCGUCAAAAAGGCUCUGGCCGCCGGCGGCUACGACGUGGACAAGAACAAGGCUCGCGUCAAGAUCGCUGUCAAGAAGCUCGUCACCAAAGGCACGCUGCUCCAGACAAAGGGCACCGGAGCCUCCGGAUCCUUCAAGCUCAACAAGAAGAUUAAGGCCGACAAGCCCAAGAAGAAGUCCGCCGCGGCCAAGAAGCCCAAAAAGCCUGCCGCCAAGAAACCCGCCGCGGCCAAAAAGCCCAAGAAGCCCGCGGCCAAGAAGCCCGCCGCCGCCAAGAAGACGCCCAAGAAGGCCAAGAAGCCAGCGGCGCCCAAGAAAGCCGCCAAGAGCCCCAAGAAGGCGCCCAAGAAGCCAGCCGCCAAGCCCAAGAAGGCCGCCGCCAAGCCCAAGAAGGCCGCCGCCAAACCUAAGAAGCCUGCCGCCAAGAAGGUCGCCAAGCCCAAAGCAAAGAAGGCGGCUCCCAAGAAGAAGUAAAGCCCAACACACUUCCACACUACAACCAUAAAGGCUCUUCUAAGAGCCACACACUGCUCACCUAAAAGACCAAAUCCUUAUACCACCCCUAAUAUACUACGGUUGA